AUGAAAGUCGCUAUCAAAGAGUGGAAUUCCAUUGCCACCUGGCACUGGGAUAUCCCUGAGGAUGAAGUGUGUGGUAUCUGCCGGGUCCAGUUCGAUGGCACUUGUCCGACCUGCAAAUUCCCUGGGGAUGACUGCUCGCUCUUACUCGGAAAAUGUGGUCACUCAUUUCAUAUGCAUUGCCUUUUGACCUGGAUUAAUCAAGAAACUUCAAAGGGGCUGUGUCCAAUGUGUCGACAAAGUAUGUACUGUCGCAGACUUAUGGAGAUGGGCCCGCUGACAAUCUCCAGAAUUCGAGUGGAAGCGGAACGAUGA